AUGUGCGAGAACGCUCGCGAGGCCCGCAGACAGGGCCAUACUCUUGCCCUCGAACUCGCGGCCGAUGUGCUUAACUUGAGGCAAGAAGCCAUCAAGUCACAGCAGUCAUUCAAAUCCACUAUGACACUGAGAGACUUCCUUGCAGCUGCGGCACAGGACCGAGACGCCCGCAUGACGCCAAAACAACAGAGUCUGCUGGCUCUAGAUGUGGCCACGGCCGUCCUCCAACUUCACCACACCUCUUGGUGCGGCAUUCCUUUAAACAACCAGACAAUCAAGUUUUUGGUUGAGGGAAAUGGGUGGGUGGCAGCAGGGGCGCCAUUCGUGGAGCAGGCAAUCGAUCCUGCGCUGUUACCAGUACAGCCACUUGAUCCCAGCCUGAGCACGCAGGCAACGAAAGCAACAGUGCUAGAGCUCGCUAUCCUGAUGCUAGAGAUAUUGCAACAUAAAUCAAUCGAGGUUUGGGCUGCGGAGAACCAGCAAGGUAGCACGGUGACAUUUGGGGAGCGGCUGCAAGCAGCCAGCCGCUGGCUGGAGCUUAGCGACGACAAGCUGCUGCCGCAUCAUCUGAAUGCCGUCGAGGCAUGCCUCGUCCAGUGCGUCAAAAGGAACUUAUCGUGGAACUUUGAGUUCCAGAAGCUUUUCUGCGAGAACGUUGUCCACCCGUUGCAGCAGCUUCUGUCGCCGCCGAGGCCUUUGUGA